AUGGCUACCAUGAACCACUUUACGUGGCACAAAGAUUCAAGCAGUCCAAACAAGAUUAUUGUGAUGAGCCUAAAGGGUGCGAAGAAGGGCGGAGCCAGAGGGUUCGGUGGCCGCGGCCACCUGGGUACGAGGCUGACCAACAGCGGCAACAGCAUGGCGCAGCGUGACGAGGUCAUCUGCCGCACCGUCUAUGUCUCAGGCAUCGAUCACCAGAUUUUAAUUCCUUCAUGUUUAUAUGGGGCAGCGGCUAAAAGGAUUGCAGUACAUAGACCCCCUGAGUUGCAUUUUGGUGCCACAGGUUAUGCUGAACCUGUGGAUAUUUGGUCUGUUGGUUUCAUAUUUGCGGAAUUUUUACUUAAGAAACCAUUAUUUCCUGGCACAACCAAGGUAUCAGCAUCUGAUGCAGUUCGCUCUUCUAUUGGUUUCACAUGCCAGUGA